GAAGAUAAGGAGAUUUGGGUUUCAAAGUUGAUUAAACUAUGGAUUGCUGAGCUAUUUGUAAGGGCAAGAAGCAAUAAAAGGUUAGAAAUGGUGGCAGAGGAGUAUCUAGAAGAGCUAAUUGACAGAAGUCUCAUUUUGGUGUGUAGACGACUGGCUAAUGGAAGGAUGAAAACUUGCAAAAUUCAUGAUCUUCUUCGACAGCUGUGCAUAAGAGAAGCUCAAAUGGAGAAUUUUGUGCAUGUCCUGAGUGAUAGUGACCACAUUUCCUCAGAAAGCUUAAAGUAUCAACGGCGAGCGAUGCUUUCACUUGGCAAUCAUCGGAAUCAUUUUUAUGUUCCAAGGCAUUGGAAGGGUAUUACGAGUACAACCAGCAGCUUGGUUUUAUUAGGCUAUUCGUCUAAACUUUUUCAAAUGCCUGAAUUUGUUUCACGAUUCAAGCUGCUUAAAGUGUUGGAGGUAUCUUCAGUCCAAUAUAAUUUUUCUUGGGUAAUAGCUGAACUUGUACAUUUGAGAUAUGUUGCAGCAAAUAUUAAGGUAGCGCCUUCACUAGACAAAUUGUGGAAUCUACAAACCAUAAUUCUUUGUAAUAUUUCAAAUGAAGACUUUCAUCUCCCACUAGAGAUCUGGACAAUGUCGGAGAUAAGACAUCUAAGUAUUAGAUGGUCAAUACAUAUGCCUAAUCCUCUUGAGGCGGAAAGUCUUUGCAUUGUAGAACAAGAACAACCUUUACUUCUCAAUAACCUGCAAAAACUUGUUCUCCCUUCCUCUCCCUUUUUGGCGGAAAUCCUAAGAAGAACUCCCAAUCUAAAAAAGAUAACGAUUAUAUAUAUGAAGAGUGCCGACUGGCCUGCUAUUCUUGAUUCUCUCGUUCUUCUAGUACAGGAGCUGGAGACAUUAGCCAUAAUAGCAGAACGAGACAAUUACCCGUUCAUUCUCCCUAGGGAUAUUUUCUUGCCUAAUCUCAAGCAUUUAAGAUUAACUGGGACUUGUUUUCCAUGGGAAGAUAUGGUUGCGCUGGCUAAUUUACCCAAUCUUGAGAAGCUCAAAGCAUAUUCUGCAUUCGAGGGAACAAAUUGGAAACUAAAUGAAGAUGCUGUGUUUCACAAAUUAAAAUAUCUAAAAAUUGUGAACGCAAUAAAUCUGGAAAGGUGGGAAGCAACUAGUGAUAAUUUUCCGAUGCUCGAGCAACUACUCCUGUCUGGGCUCAAAAAACUGGAAGAGAUUCCCCAAAGAAUUGGAGAAAUAAUGACACUAAAAUUCAUCGAAAUAGAAUGGUGUAGUUCUGCAGCCGACACUAGUGCAAUGAAAAUUCAAGAAGAGCAAACAAACUGUGGAAAUGAUAGCCUUGAAGUUCAAAUUAAACCAGCAAUAAUAGGAAUCAAGUACUAACAGAAUUCAUAUUGAAUUUUUGAAGCAUGCUCUAGCCCGGGAUCAACGGGCAAAUUAUCUCUAUGUGACUAGGUCACGUGUUCGAACCGUAGACUCAGCCAUUAAUGCUUGUAUUAGGGUGGACUGCUUAUAUCACACCCCCUUGAGGUGCAACCUUACAUCGGACCCUGUGUGAACACGAGAUACUUUGUGCACUGAUUUCUGGGGACUUUAUGUUUUCUUUUUCUUCUUUUUAGUCAAAUCUGUAUUCAAGUUUAUAGUAGUUAGAUCCCUGGAAUGUUUGAAUAUGUGUAAUAAAUGAUUUGCUUAAGUGCAUUACCUUUAAGGAAGUUGAAACCUUAUGUUUAGUUGCAAA